UGUACUUAAGCGUGAUUGCGCCGUUAACUUGAACGAACAUGCCGGGAAUUUCCGUACACGCGACAACGUUACCAUUUUUGGUGAGCGUCUGGAUUUGUGCUAGUAUACGUACUAGUUUGCAACUCAUCGACCAAGGCCCAUCAACAGCACUUAGCUUUAACUAGACUCCCUUUUAGCGGCUAUCUAAGGUUUUCCCAUAGUGUCUGGACACUGGGCUUUGGGCCAGCGUAGGAGUGGUCCAUCUAUAUCAACGGAGUCAGAAGAAAUUCCGCUUAGGUCACUCGUGCCCUCGACCUUGAGUGGCACGUCUCUUCAGGCAUUUGCAAUGAAAUUCAGCUCGGCAUUAAAGUUUAAUGCCGUCGCAGAUUGGUGGGAGGAAUAUAUCGCCUAUGAUGUACUCAAGCGAUACAUUUAUCAGCUGGAAAAGCGACAACAACGGACCGGUGGUAUAGAACCGUCCUAUCAUGACUUGGAGGCCAAUGAACAGACAACCCUUGUCGACCACAGUGAUACGUCUGACGCGGACAGCCUCUUUAAGCCACUGCUCGACAGAGAGCUGCAGAAGAUUGUGAGAUUUUACGAAGCGCAGGAAAAGGAGCUUCUGGGCGAGCUCGCGGCGCUGGAGCAAUCUAUUACGCAGCAAGACGAGGCAGGACUUGAGGCAGAACUCAACUAUAUGGAUGAAGAUGAAGAAGACGAAGAAGAUGAUGAGGAAGAUGAAUACAACAUGUUGACUCGAUCUGAAGACUACGACAAAGGGUCCCGCCGCAGGCGCCGCAAAUCGAGCUCCGUCGGAUAUAGAACGCGUUUUGCAGCAGGUUCUAUUCGCGAGGAGCCUCCGAAUCGCCGCUUUAGCGUCUCUUCUAGCGAGGCGGGAGAUCUAGAUGCAAGUGUCUUAUCUCUUGUCCCGCGCCCACGAUCGGCCUCGCAGGUUGCAUCUGGCUCGCGUGGUGCAAGCGCCAGUAUGUCUCCGAUGGGGAGAGCUCGUAGCUUGGCUAGCCGUUUAAGGAGUAUGAAGGAUAGCAUAACCUCUGCUGGAGACACCAUCUGGACUUCAAAGAGCAGCUAUGCCUUGGAUACCCGGUUACUUUACAAGCGAAAAAUUACUAACCUUUACGUCUCUUUAUGCUCGCUGAGGUCUUAUGUGGAGGUCAAUUACUCUGGCUUUCGCAAGAUUCUAAAAAAGUAUGACAAAGUCGUGUAUAGUGAACUUAAAGACCGUUAUAUGCACGAAGUUGUGGAGACCUCUGCACCAUUUACAGAAGAGUCGAAGGCCAGAAUGUCGGAUGCCAUCGCCCGACUCACCGAUCUCUAUGCCAAAUGUGUAACAAGUGGAGACAAGUCGGCAGCACAGCAGCAGCUAAAGCUGUAUCAGCGCGAAAACAUCGCAUGGGAGCGGAAUACAGUCUGGCGUCAAAUGAUCGGGCAGCAGCGACACGGUACGAUCAAUGGAUUGGAUGCUCUUGCGGGCGCUACGCUGGUACAGCAGGAAGAGAGUAGCCUUAUUGAUGUCCCGACUCCUCUCGGAAGUCUGAAGUUGACAAAGAAAGGGGUGUCGUUUACUGUUGCUCUAGUUGUUUUCAUCGCUUUAUUGAAGAUGGACAUCGUCGCUGGUGAAGAGGCCAAUAAGUGUUUUGCCGUACUUGUAUUCAGCACCAUACUGUGGGCGACAGAGGCGAUACCCUUGUUCGUGACAUCAAUUUGCGUCCCCCUUCUGUUAGUAUGCUUACAGGUCAUACGUGAUGACAAUGACACUGCCUUGUCUGCGCCUGAUGCAACGAAGUAUAUAUUCUCCGUUAUGUUCUCGCCCACGAUCAUGCUUCUGAUCGGAGGAUUCACAAUUUCUUCCGCUCUGAGUAAAACCAACAUUGAUCGGAUUUUAAUCACGAGGGUCCUGAGCUUCGCAGGUACAAGACCCAGUUCCGUGCUUCUUGCCUUCAUGGGUGUCACAUCUAUUCCCGUUACUCACGUGUUGCCAACGUGUUUCAGUAAUGUUGCAGCUCCAACACUGUGCUUCACUCUCAUCCGACUCGCCAUUGCCUUGGCCGCCAACAUAGGUGGUCAGAGCUCCCCGAUAUCGUCUCCACAGAAUCUCAUUGCCCUCGCGGCAAUGGAUCCUAAACUCGAUUGGGCGAGUUGGUUUGCUGUGGCACUUCCGGUGUCUAUAAUUUCCAUUCUGCUUAUCUGGUUGCUAUUGCUUGUGAUGUACCGUCCUGCUCGUUCGCCUGACGGGGAAGGAGAGAUCGAGAUACGGACUAUCCGCCCAACAAGGGAAUCCUUCACUCUCAAGCAGUGUUGGGUUACGUUCGUCUGCUUAUUCACGAUUACUCUCUGGUGUUUUGAGCACGAAAUCGAGGGCCUUGUCGGAGACAUGGGUAUUAUUGCUAUCAUUCCGAUCAUCGCAUUUUUUGCCACUGGUGUGCUGAAAAAGGACGACUUUGAACAAUUCGCUUGGACAAUUGUUUUCCUCGCAAUGGGCGGAAUCGCUCUUGGCAAGGGUGUUACUUCUAGUGGCUUGAUGGAUCUCUCCUUGUACACUGUCGUUCUUGUCCUGUCCCCAGUCGUUUUGAUCGUAUCGACAUUUAUCAGUCAUACGAUUGCAAGCGUGCUGCUGGUUCCCAUUGCGAAAGAGGUUGGGCAAAGCCUACCCGGUGAACAUGCAAAUCUGCUCAUUUUUAUGACUGGUCUUCUCUGCUCUGUUGGAAUGGGCAUGCCUGUUUCUGGGUUUCCUAAUCAAACUGCCGCGGCUCAAGAGGAUGAGCUCGGACGUCUUUAUCUCUCUAAUACGGACUUCUUGAAGAAUGGCGUGCCCGCUAGUAUUAUCGCCACCCUCGUCGUUGCUACCGUUGGGUUCGUUCUCAUGCUAGCCAUAGGACUCUGAUUAAUCCUUGGACCCUCACAACGCACAUGCACGAAGUUCGAGUAAUAAACUGGGGUUCCCAAAUGGGAGAUACCCUGCGCGUGUAUCAUACCUUGCUAUAUAAUUUACAGCUGCAGAACACUGAUAGAUUUUUCAAUGUCAUGUCUUGUAGACUUCACUUCCAGUUCAACCGACAUUCUGACGAACAAUACUGCAUAUCAGACGAAUGA